GUCAACGCCGGCGCAUGCGCACAAAGGGCGGCCUGGUCUUCGUCCGCGGCGGCCGCUGAGGAACCCCUCGCGCCUGCCCGGCCUGCCGUUCGCCUCCCGGCUUUGGUUCGCUUCGGUUCCCCUCGGUUCCCCUCGGCUCCGCCCUAGCCCUCCUGAUUCUUCCUAGCUCGGCCCCGGCCGCCCGUCUCCGCCGCCGCAAUGAUGAUGAUGGCAUUGAGCAAGACUUUCGGGCAGAAGCCAGUCAAAUUCCAGCUGGAGGACGACGGCGAGUUCUACAUGAUCGGCUCUGAGGUGGGAAACUACCUCCGUAUGUUCCGAGGUUCUCUGUACAAGAGAUACCCCUCACUCUGGAGGCGACUAGCCACUGUGGAAGAAAGGAAGAAAAUAGUUGCAUCGUCACAUGGUAAAAAAACAAAACCUAACACUAAGGAUCAUGGAUACACCACCCUUGCCACCAGUGUGACGCUCUUGAAAGCCUCAGAAGUGGAAGAGAUUCUGGAUGGCAAUGACGAGAAAUACAAGGCUGUGUCCAUCAGCACAGAGCCCCCCACCUACCUCAGGGAACAGAAGGCCAAGAGAAACAGCCAGUGGGUACCUACUCUGCCCAACAGCUCCCACCAUCUGGAUGCUGUGCCAUGUUCCACCACUAUCAAUAGAAAUCGCAUGGGCCGGGACAAGAAGAGAACCUUCCCCUUAUGUUUUGAUGACCAUGACCCAGCUGUGAUCCAUGAGAAUGCAUCACAACCUGAGGUGCUGGUACCCAUCCGACUGGAUAUGGAGAUAGAUGGGCAGAAGCUUCGGGAUGCUUUUACCUGGAACAUGAAUGAGAAGCUAAUGACCCCAGAGAUGUUUUCAGAAAUCCUUUGUGAUGACUUAGAUCUGAAUCCACUGACAUUCGUGCCAGCAAUUGCCUCUGCCAUCAGACAGCAGAUUGAGUCCUACCCGACAGACAGCAUCCUGGAGGACCAAUCUGACCAGCGUGUCAUCAUCAAGCUGAACAUCCAUGUGGGAAACAUCUCCCUGGUUGACCAGUUUGAGUGGGACAUGUCGGAGAAGGAGAACUCCCCAGAGAAGUUCGCCCUGAAGCUGUGCUCAGAGCUGGGGUUGGGCGGGGAGUUUGUUACCACCAUUGCGUACAGCAUCCGGGGACAGCUGAGCUGGCAUCAGAAGACCUACGCCUUCAGUGAGAACCCACUCCCCACCGUAGAGAUUGCCAUUCGGAAUACGGGUGAUGCUGACCAGUGGUGCCCCCUGCUGGAGACCCUGACUGAUGCUGAGAUGGAAAAGAAGAUCCGAGACCAGGACAGGAACACAAGGCGAAUGAGGCGUCUUGCCAACACCGCCCCAGCCUGGUGACCAGGUCAACCGUGCUCAGCUCCCACAGAGUACCUUGGAAGACUGGUCUGCCUUUCCCUCUUCUGUGACAAGGAGAAAGGCAAGGAAGAGGACAGCUGGUGCCAUCCUGAGGAAUGGGGUCAGAUGGGAACCUCCAGGGCACCUUCCCUUAGCACACAUUCCAUAUGCAAAGCUCCAGUCCUGUUCUCCCAUGCCCAGUACUGUCCCCCAGAGUCUGGAGUCAGGAAGAAGCUUCAGUUUGGGUUGUGUUUUGUUUUUGUAUAGGAGCCCUAGCAGGGCUAACAACACGUUUUAAAUAAAAGGCAACAUGUUCAAUUUCUUGAA